AUGUCGAAUCGCGUAGAGUACUCUUUCGAUAAAAAUCGCAAAGUGGAGGAAAGCUACAAGUUUACGCUGCCAGAGUUGUACCGGAAAAUCGCCCAGGAAGAACUGCGUGAGGACGAUGUGGUGCGUGAGCAGGCCCUGACGCAGAUGCGCGAAUGGAUCGUGAGCAAUCCGCACAUCCGCAAGUGUCGCGUGGAUGCGCCGUUCCUGUUGCGCUUUUUGCGCUUCCGAAAGUUUUCGGUUCCGCUGGCCUGCGAAGCACUGGAGCAGUAUCUGACGGUGCGUGAAAUGUAUCCGAGUUGGUUCAAGAAGCUCGACGCCAGCGAUCCAGAAAUGCGACGCAUUCAGGAGUCGGGUGGAGUGUACGUGCUGGGACAAGAUUCCGCUGGACGAACGGUGCUACUGAUGGAAAUCGUCCAGCUCGAAAAAGAGCGAUUUAUGCCGUUGCCGGAAGGACGGUUUUUAUUUUUGCUGCUCGAAGCACUGCUCGAAUUUGAGGAGGUACAGAUUGGUGGUAUUCAGUUGCUAGUUGACUAUACCGGCAUAAGCAUGGACUUAUUUGAAGGCUGGGGUGCGACGGAGUUGAAAAUCGGAUUGGACGCAUUCACCCGCUUCACCCCGGUACGAUAUCAUGAAAUACAUGCAGCCAAGCUGCCCAAAGUUGCUGUUUCGUUUGUCGAGUAUAUGCUAACCUUUGCGCCAUCGAAGUUUAGGGAGUUGAUUCACUGUCACGCCACGGUCGACAAAUUGAAGGAGCAGCUGGAUCCAUCCAUGACGCCGCAAAUCUACGGAGGAACGGUCGAUGCACAUGAGCUGACCAAGAAAUUCUGGGAACGAUUCGAGCUACAAAACGAAAAUUAUGCGCUGGGAUUGGACAAGUUUGAUAUUGACUUGGAUCACUAUACUUCGGUGUGGAGCAAGCAAAAUCCGGACAUGGCUGAAGCGAAGGAAUUCAAAAAGUUAUCCAUCGACUAG